GUGCUUCAUUCCGAGAGACGAUCGCAUGCAGAUCGCAUGGUGUAUGCACGGUGGCAUUUCCUCGUGGCCGUCCAAUCUCGCCAUACCAUGUCCAAGAAUGUGCUUAGUGUCGCCCACAACCAAUGCAAGGGAGAGUUUCUAGCGUUCUUAAUGCGGCAGGGAAACGGAGUGCUUCUUGGCGUUUCCGUGCACCGACUUGCCAGGUACGUGCUGCUAUUUGCGUUACUCCAUUGCGCGUGCCCGGUGCUUUUGGCAUCCAGCCCUCUCCCCCGCAGCCCUCUAUCGGCGGCCGGAUCCGAAGAGAGCCUUUUCAACACCAACUGUCGAUUAAUCUCUCCGAAGCAUCGUGGAUUAAGUUGUCAAAGUGCUAUGCUAUAUUCGACCUUAUAGUCACCGAUAUACCGGCGGUCGGAUGGGGAGCAAAGUACCUAUCAAUGUCUAGGAAUCCUUGGGCCAUGCUUCGCAUAAGAACGCUAGCACUUUCGGCAUGGAAGCUUCGCAUCCAUUUCGGGUCUACUUACGGCUUCUUCCCAUGAGUCUGCCCGACUUCCAAGUCGCGCACCAGGAAUCGCAAGCUGGGUCGCUUUCUAUAUUACACCAACUCAGCGAACCGGACUUCUCAUCUUCUAGGGAGCUUCCUUUCUCAAGGCGACCACACGAUGGCCAGCCGUGCUUCAUUUAUAUCCGGUAGGAGUUCCGUGCCAAAGAAUCACCUAUUUCCGAAUCAACUGGUUCCCUGGAC